AUGAAAAAUAGAAGAAAGAAUUCAAAGAAUGGCAAUAGCGACAGUGAUAAUUCUUCGGAUGAAGAGAUUUUAGAAAAUACAAAUAAUAAUUUACCAACUAUUAAUAAUGAAGAAAGGUAUUUUUUAAAAAAGAUAUUCCCCAUUCUACCCUCAUCCACAAGCCCACCAAAAUCUAAAUUAAUAUUUAGUAUAAUAUUGGACAUUAUAGGAUUUGUAACACAAAUCAUUCCUAUUUUUGGUAUAACAAUCUGGCCCUCACUUUCAACCUAUUUAAUAUAUAAAGUAUAUGGACCUGGUCUUCAUCUCUCAUUAUCUUUUAUUGAAGAAACAGUAAAUAUACCAUAUAGUUUUACCCUAUUAUUAAAAAAAAAAUCAAUACUAAUACUAAACAAAUUUAACUUUAGGUACCAGGAUUAG